AGGACGAGGCAAGACGGAAGACGGAUUCAGGCAGCGGUAGACGGAAUCAUGGGUGGCUUGUUGACGGACGAACAGCCGUCGCUGGACCGGCUCAAGGAUCUGGACGUCCUUCCGGACCUGGAAACGCAAUUGAGCGUUGUACAUCAACUAUGCACUCACAGCGCGAGAGCGGAGAUGAUCGCAAGAUGGCUACUGGAGAAAUUAAAGGCAUCCCAAGAAGCACGAAGCAACCCGAAGACCUGGAACGAGCUACUCUUCACCAUACGGCUUCUCUCCCCACAGCGUCUGGCAUCUCUGCUUGGAUUGACGAACUUCUUCGACACAGUCGGCGCAGCCUUGCAGAACCCGGAAUGCCCCCGAAGCGUGGUUGAAGCCAUAACGGCUUUGGUCAGCUUCUUGAUCAGCGUUGCCGCUUCUCCAGAUGGCCUCCAUGUCAAGGCAGCACUGAGUUUAUCCGCAUCCAUCGCAGCCUCCUUACUCGGCCUUUGGCUGGACAAUGCUGCUCACAUAGCAGCAACGCAGAAGAAAAAGAGCUGGAUUCAAGCCGUGGAUGCCGUACUAGAGCCUGCAUUCUACCUCUGGAACGUCAGGAAACCAGCAGAAGAGGAGCAUGCAGCGUUUGCGAAAGUCUGCCUUGCUCCAGGAGCCCGUUUACUCGCGCUGAGCCUCAACUGCGGUGAUGCACGUGCUGUGAACCGCAAACGCCGUAUUGAAGAAGAAAACGAUACCGGCGAUCAUGUCGACACGCUUCAGACUCUGCUCGCCAGACACGUAUUCAUGCCUGCGAGAUCGGCCUUCUUUCAAAGUGGCAGCGCCGCCGCAACCCAUCCGCAGCGGACUGGAACACUCCUCCCUCACCAUAUGAGCCUCGAGGCUGCACUCGAAUUGUACAAAGUGCGGAUGGACAGCGACGACGCAGACGGACUGUUAAUGCUCGAAGCACUCCCGGCACUCCUGGAUAUUGCAUUGCGAUCGGUUUCACUUUCGACGCCACGACAACGCACAAAGGAGCAGCCGUGGAUUGAAGCGGUCUUUGCGGCUUUGCAAAAGUGCAACCAAGACGCUUCUGAUGUCGUGAGGCGCAACGCAGUUCUGGUUGAUAUGUUGAAAGUAACGGGUGCCCGUGCAUCUCUUUCAAGAGCGAUGUUGGAAGGAAUUGUCAAUUCUGCCUCGAAUCUUGCGACUGGGAAACAAACUCCAUACCACGGCGACAAUAAAGUCGACUGGAACCUCGUUGCGCAGAUAGUGGAGCUGGAUGCUGAAUUGUUCUGCCGACCUGAUUUGGCGAAUCGGCUUUUCAACGCGCUUUCUGCUGCCUGCGCCGAUCUUCAAGCGCUCGAAGCGAGAGAGAAGGAUCAGGAUACUAGCAGUAUUGACUCAGUCUGCGAUUUCAAGGCCACACAACAAAUGUGGAAACAACGAAUUGCGAUGCCAAUCAUGCAGGCUUUCGCGAAGUCUCGCAAGAUGAGCGAUUUCCUAGAUCUGUGGUCCAACCAGCUUCGACAACAUGAGGACAGUCUCAUAUGGACGGAAUUGGACCGAGACUUCCAGGACAACGCCGAGGAUGGCAUGCCUGAACAAGCACUUUUGGAGCUCUUCAACCGCCUUUCCACGAGGGUCAAAGACGGGGCCAACUCGUCGGACUUUGGCCCAAGCAUCAUCAUACUCAACGCGCUGUUAGGCAAUAUCCGCAGCGAAUCGCUUCGAAUACGCCUGGAGCCUAGAUGCGGCGAGUUAUUCGUUCUGCUGUUCCAAGUCUGUGCUGAACAGGAUGAUCCUGAAGAAGAAAGAGUCUCGCAUGCAGCUCACCAACCGCGGAUCUGGGCAUUGUUGCUGAAGACAUUCGAGCUGUGGUUUCCGUCCUGGGCGGCAACGCAAACGGAUGCUUCGGUCGUGUCUCAAAAGCUGUGUCAGUGGACGACGAGCGACACGGUAACGCAUGCACUACAGCUUGCUCAGUGGGCCAGGGAUGAUGGUAGUGAUACAAAACUGAAACAGCAAGCAAAUGAGGCAGUAAGCUUCGUUGCUGGCAUGUGGUCUGCUGUGGCCGAUUCCGCGCGAUCUCACGAUAGCAGCGAGUCUGCGUUCAGCGCCAUUGUCGACCAUACGCUGGACAAGCUAGAGUCAGGUCAUUCCACGCCGCUCUUGCACUAUCCGCACUUGCUUGCGAUCAUUGAUGAGGACAUGCGUCGUGAGUUGGUCACGAGAUGCAUGCCUGAAUCAAGCGCGCAAGACCAGGAGCAGGUCUUGGCCGUUUUGAAAAAGCUGGCUGCCGUUGCCGUUGACGGCGAACAUGCUGGAACAAUACUACACUUGGUCGACAGAGGUACAGGAACAGCAGCAGAGCUGGAGGGAACCGUGAGGUCUAACCAUGCAGCGUCGCCUAUUGAGGACAUAGAACAGGAGCUGGACCUACUGGAUGCUCUUCUCAAUGUUCCUAUCGACAUCAUCGAUGAGAUGCAUCGCAAAAGGCUGCUUGACGAGCUGUGCGUAGCCGGUCGGACGAGCAGCGCCUCCACAGACGAUAAUUUGCAGCUGCUACUGGGUGUAAUUAUCAAACUGUUGUCGAGACCAACCCCGACUGCGCAGCUUCUGACGGAUCCUUCAAUCAUCUGGCAACUAGCUCUUCAGAUGUCUGCAACUGAAUACAUCGAGACGGAGACGGUCCCUGGGCCCAUAUUCCAACAACAAGAGACGCUGGAUCUGCUGGAGCACGUCACCCUGCUGGUCAUGAACCAGGUCGUUGCCAAUCAACAAGGUAAUGGACGCUCGAUUGUCGAAAAUCUGUCUCGGGAGGCGCAAGCCAUGCUAAGCUACGUUGGCCGGAGUCAAGACCUUUCUAGCCAUACCGCUGUUCUGGUAGUGAGCAGGUCUAUCAUGCAAGGGCUCGAAUCCGGCUGCAAGCCCGACGUCUUGCACUCACUCCCGCAUCGGACUUUGGAAGACAUGAGUCUUGAGGAGAUGGUUCGAAUUACAAAGGCAUUUACAAGUGAUCUCGGCGAAACGCUCUCGCUCAUGGCCACCCUUGAACGCACUUCUACAAAUUAUCUGGAGGUGGCGAUGAGAUUGACAAGCCUGUCUCGAACCCUUACACUCCUUCUGGAUCUGUGGGAGUCGACUUCCAAGUUCGUGCAGCCGUUCGUGCCCCGCCUCGCUUCUGUCAUCAAACACCUCGGCGCGGAAUGUACGCAGUAUCACGAUGGGUUCAAGAAGUCUGCGCCAUCUGCAGUCACCGGUGCCGUUGUCAGCUGUUACCUUUUGCUCAGGAAUUGCGACCAUCCCGACUAUGGCAUUCUUGAUGCCACCGUUGCACUACAGCUGCCCGAGUUUCAACUUCCGCCCGUCAAAAUGCAGCAGGUGAUUGAGGCGUUUGAAAAGGAUCUGAAGCGCAUGUCCGGGUAUCAAAGACUGGCCCUCGUUCCCGAGCUACUGGACCACGAAGCCUCGACACGAUCCAACCUCCUUCUGCUCCAUUCGUGCAUCUCCAAACUCACAAAAGAAGACUCCGUUGGGAGCACCGAGGCUGCUCUAUCCCGGCUACUACCAGAACUAGUCGACACCGCAGUCAACAACGAUGGCGACUUGGUGGUACGCAAAAGAGCAGUAGCGUGCAUUCUGACGAUCUUGAAGGAGAAGCCCUUCCUCGUCAACCAGCACUCCAUCGAAAUCGUCCUCGCCAGCCUUCCCAAGCUCCCGAACGCCGGACCAGGACGCUCUUUAGCAUUCUUCGAAGUCUGCCGUCUCGUCUCCGUUUUGCUACUAGGCCAUCGAGCUCGACUGCACGGCCGCUACCAUCUCGUGAACCUCGUCUUCAACUCCCUCCUUUCCGCACUCUUCGACAACUCGAGCGCCAGCACGAAUCGACCGAAGGGCAGCACGCCGUUCAAUCAAACCCACGCUCACGCCCUUUCAAGACUCCUCGUCCUUUUCUGCGAGCCCGCGCACCUCCGUCGCUCCUCGCGAAGUACCGCUGCCGCGGCGGGAUUAGUCGACGAGUCACGCAAAGAACAAGCGCUUGUGGGCCGUUUCGUGCAGUACAUCCUGCAUCAUUACUGCGAUUUGGUGCUGGCUGGGUCGCUGGGCGAGGGUGUGAGAGAAGCACUGACGCCAGGGCUGUGGGCGGUUAUUGAUGCUGUUGAGAGUAGCGAUUCAGAGGGGCUGAAGGCUUUGAGCGCGGCGAUGAACAAUAAUGAGAGGGCGGUGUUGAAGGGGGUGUAUGAGGAGUGGAAGAGGUUUGGGAAGUGGAGGGGUGGGUGAGUGUCUACUUCUCAAUGCUUCAAGGGAUGUCAAAUACCAAUUAAGCCCUUUGUAACAACA